CCGGUUCCGGCUGAAUGUCAGUGCGGGGCUGUGGGCGGGGGAGGAAGGUGCUUGCUGGUCUCUCCGCCGCCCCCGUUGCCGGCUCGGCUUGAGAUGUUGCCCCGGACGCCUGGCCGCUGGGCGGAUCGGACAUGAAAACCUGAGGCGGGCGGCGGGGCUGGGCUGCGGACAUGUUCGGCCGCUCGCGGAGCUGGGUGGGCGGGGGCCACGGCAAGUCCUCCCGCAACAUCCACUCCUUGGACCACCUGAAGUACCUGUACCAUGUUUUAACCAAAAAUACCACCGUCACAGAACAGAACCGGAACCUGCUGGUGGAAACCAUCCGUUCUAUCACUGAGAUCCUGAUUUGGGGUGAUCAAAAUGACAGCUCUGUAUUUGAUUUCUUCCUGGAGAAGAAUAUGUUUGUUUUCUUCUUGAACAUUCUGCGGCAGAAAUCAGGCCGUUAUGUGUGUGUCCAGCUACUACAGACCUUGAACAUCCUCUUUGAGAACAUCAGCCAUGAGACGUCGCUCUAUUAUUUGCUGUCUAAUAACUAUGUAAAUUCAAUCAUUGUCCAUAAAUUUGACUUUUCCGACGAGGAGAUCAUGGCAUAUUACAUAUCGUUCCUGAAAACACUUUCGUUAAAGCUCAACAACCAUACUGUCCAUUUCUUCUACAAUGAGCACACCAAUGACUUUGCCCUGUACACAGAAGCCAUCAAGUUCUUCAAUCACCCCGAGAGCAUGGUUCGAAUUGCUGUGAGAACCAUCACCUUGAAUGUCUACAAAGUGUCAUUGGAUAACCAGGCCAUGCUGCACUACAUCCGAGACAAAACCGCUGUCCCGUACUUCUCCAAUUUGGUCUGGUUCAUUGGGAGCCACGUGAUCGAACUUGACAACUGUGUGCAGACCGAUGAGGAGCACCGGAAUCGGGGAAAACUGAGUGACCUGGUGGCUGAGCACCUGGACCACCUGCACUAUCUCAAUGACAUCCUGAUCAUCAACUGUGAGUUCCUCAACGAUGUGCUCACAGACCACCUGCUCAACAGACUCUUCCUGCCCCUCUAUGUGUACUCCCUGGAGAACCCGGACAAGGGAGGAGAGCGCCCAAAGAUCAGCCUGCCAGUGUCCCUCUAUCUUCUCUCCCAGGUCUUCCUCAUUAUCCAUCACGCCCCACUGGUGAACUCUCUGGCUGAAGUUAUUCUGAAUGGCGAUCUAUCUGAGACAUACACAAAGCCUGCGCAGGAUGUUCCCAGAAGUUCUGCCAAGCCCAGCAUCCGGUGCUUCAUUAAGCCCACUGAGACACUUGAGCGGUCCCUUGAGAUGAACAAACACAAGGGCAAGAAGCGGAUGCAAAAGAGACCCAACUACAAAAACGUUGGGGAGGAGGAGGACGAGGAGAGAGGGCCCGCUGAAGAUGCCCAGGAAGACACUGAGAAGGCUAAAGGUACAGAGGGUGGUUCAAAAAGCAUGAAGACAAGUGGGGAGCGUGAAGAGAUCGAGAUGGUGAUCAUGGAGCGCAGCAGGCUCUCGGAGCUGGCCACUGCUGGGGCCUCAGUGCGGGAGCAGAACACCACGGACGAGGAAAAGAGUGCUGCCACAGGCUCAGAGAGCACGCAGUGGAGCAGGCCCUUCCUGGAUAUGGUAUACCAUGCCCUGGACAGCCCCGAUGAUGAUUACCAUGCCCUCUUCGUGCUCUGUCUCCUAUACGCCAUGUCUCAUAACAAAGGCAUGGAUCCUGAAAAACUGGAGCGAAUCCAGCUCCCAGUGCCAAGUGCAGUUGAGAAAACCACCUACAACCAUCUGCUAGCUGAGAGACUCAUCAGAAUCAUGAACAAUGCUGCCCAACCAGAUGGCAGGAUUCGGUUGGCCACACUGGAGCUGAGCUGCCUGCUCCUGAAGCAGCAAGUACUGACCAGCUCCGGCUGCGUCAUCAAGGAUGUGCAUCUGGCCUGUCUGGAGGGUGCAAGAGAAGAGAGUGUCCACCUUGUACGGCAUUUCUAUAAGGGAGAAGAGAUUUUUUUGGACAUGUUUGAGGAUGAGUACAGGAGCAUGACAAUAAAGCCCAUGAAUGUGGAAUAUCUCAUGAUGGAUGCUUCUAUCCUCCUGCCCCCAACGGGCACUCCACUGACUGGCAUUGAUUUUGUGAAGCGGCUGCCAUGUGGUGAUGUGGAGAAGACGCGGAGGGCCAUCCGGGUAUUCUUCAUGCUGCGUUCCCUGUCACUGCAGCUGCGUGGGGAACCUGAGACCCAAUUGCCACUGACUCGGGAGGAGGACCUGAUCAAAACAGAUGAUGUCUUGGAUCUGAAUAACAGCGACUUGAUCGCAUGCACAGUCAUCACCAAGGACGGCGGCAUGGUUCAGCGCUUCCUGGCUGUGGAUAUUUACCAGAUGAGCCUGGUAGAGCCUGAUGUGUCCAGACUCGGCUGGGGAGUGGUCAAGUUUGCAGGCCUUCUGCAGGACAUGCAGGUGACAGGAGUGGAGGAUGAUAGCCGUGCCCUGAAUAUCACUAUCCACAAGCCUGCCUCCAGCCCACAUUCUAAGCCCUUCCCCAUCCUGCAGGCCACCUUUGUGUUCUCUGAUCAUAUCCGUUGCAUCAUCGCCAAACAGCGCCUGGCCAAGGGCCGCAUCCAGGCCAGACGGAUGAAGAUGCAGAGGAUAGCUGCCCUUCUGGACCUCCCAAUCCAGCCUACAACUGAAGUCCUGGGAUUUGGACUUGGCUCCUCCUCCUCCCAGCACCUGCCUUUCCGUUUCUAUGACCAGUGCCGCCGAGGCAGCAGUGACCCCACAGUGCAGCGCUCUGUGUUUGCAUCCGUAGACAAGGUGCCAGGCUUUGCUGUGGCCCAGUGCAUAAACCAGCAUAGCUCACCAUCCCUGUCUUCACCAUCACCACCAUCUGCCAGUGGGAGCCCCGGCGGCAGUGGGAGCACCAGCCACUGUGACUCAGGGGGCUCUUCCUCCACACCCUCGGCAACCCAGAGCCCAGCAGAUGCCCCCACAACUCCAGAACAGCCUCAGCCUCACCUUAUAGUCCAGUCGGUGAUUGUGAAUGAAAUGGACGUCAACUCCAAGCCCAACAAGAACUUGGCCAGGAACUCUGAGGUGGAGACCAUGCACCUGUCCCCCAGCCUCCUCCCUGCCCAGCAGCCCACCAUCUCCUUGCUCUAUGAGGACUCUGCUGACACACUGAGCGUUGAGUCGCUGACCCUUGUGCCCCCAGUCGAUCCUCACAGCCUGCGAGCCCUCACUGGCAUCCCCCAGCUUCCUGCACUGGCCACAGCAGGCCCAGAGACCCCAAAUGAGGACACUGUAUACCCAGAGCCUGCGAGCCCCACGGAGCACUGAGUGGGCACCCAGGGAUCUCCCUUUGUGUGUGCAGCCUGCUGGUAGGGACCCAGUAUAGUUUUUGACAGCAAGACACAGUUCUCCAUGGCCUUGGAAGCUGUCCCUGAUACCUCUCCCUGCAAGACAGCCAUGGACCACUGGAGUUUCUCAUUUGCUCUGACCUCUUCCUGAGCAGGCUGGGAUCCCAGAGACAGCCUUCUGUGUACAAGUGAUGGCACUGGCCGCCUAGAGGGGUCCCGACAGCCCCGAGUGGCACCCUCCUUCAGGCAGCUCCCUUGUUUUCUCUCCCCGUACGCACAGAAGUGGACAAGGUUACUUUGGGUAGAACUCUGUAGAGAAGCACCUAGAUAAAUAUCUCUUUCAGGCUAUUUAUUUCUGGUUUUGGCAACAGGUGAAGAGAUUUAUUUAAAAAGUACUAUUUGCAGGGGGGGAGCAAAAAGAAAGUCCUCAACCAUGAGGCUCCAGGUCACACUAGAAGCACCAGCUGUUAAGGUUCCCCUUCUGUAGAACUUGGCCGUGUAUUUAUUCUGAAGUUGUGGGUGUCACUUCCUCUGUUUCCCUGAGUGAUUCUUGUUUCUCUGUCCCAAAUUCUACAAGCAUGGGGGAUGAUAAAAUCUCCCCCUGAAACAUUCAAAUACUUCUGAACAAGAAGAACUAUGGCCAUAUGGAGUGAGGAAGCCCGCUUUUGUGCUGUGAGCUGGGUGAUGUCUGCCCUGCUCAGGAUACCACACAGGCACAACCUGCAGCAGGCUUACUACCUUCUCCUUCAUCAAGAAAGACCACUGAGACCAAGGAGGCCCUAGUCCAAGUGGCCAUGACGGGA